AUGGAAGAUCCCAAUCGAUUCCCGCCGUCUACAGAGGUGGCAUUCUCUGGCUCCAAACCCAAAGCAUAUGGCAUAGAAGACCUCGUAGAAAUCGAGAUGUGGCCAGCUUAUAACGCGGCUGGCCAUAGGCUGCAUGGAUUGACGCAACCGGUUCCGGGGUACGAUUUCUUCGCCUGCAGCCUCUGCCUGAAAAUACGCUCUGCUAGCUAUUUCUCAAACGCUAUGAUGAAAAGUAAACGUGGAAAAUUGGGUACGGGUUCUAUAGAGCAACGGUCCCGACGCUACUGUAUACCAUGCGGGGUAUCUCACGGUCAUUAUGGCCGAGAAGCAAUUAUUCGAUAUGGGGGAGCGGGCGGGGGGUUCGGGUCAGUUUGCCAUAAAUGUGGUAAAUUUAUGAUCCUAGAAAGCAAGGUUCGGUUGAUACCGAGUUGGGCGUGUCUCUGUUACCCACGCUAUGAAAGAAGGGCAUAUAGCCCUGAUUAUAUCUCUAUGGAUUGUGCAGACUGGCGGGACCUUGACGUGGACCCACGAUCAUAUUGGACCCCUUGUCAGGCCAAGGUCACUCCUUCAUAA